AUGGCUGAGAUGGCUUCCAUGGCGCCAACUGCUGGUGGCCAGUACCACUGGAUUUCAGAGUUUGCGCCCCGAAGUUCUCAGAGAUUUCUCUCCUAUAUCAUCGGCUGGUUGUGUGUGCUUGGAUGGCAAGCUGGUACAGCGUCCUCCUGCUUCCUAGCCGGGACUGAGAUCCAGGGACUAGUUAUCCUCAACUAUGACAACUAUGAACCCCAGCAGUGGCACGGAACCUUGAUGGCAAUGGCUGUCAUUGCGCUUUGCGCCCUUUUUAACACGAUCCUUGCGAAGCGACUCCCGGUAGUCGAAGGUGUCGUUCUUAUCCUUCACGUUGCCGGCUUCUUUGCAAUUUUGAUCCCACUGUGGAUUCUUGCCCCACGGUCUUCCUCGAAGGAUGUAUGGACAAAAGUCGAGGAUGCGCAAGGAUGGGGGAGCAAAGGACUGGCCAGUCUGGUUGGAAUAAUCACGCCCGUCGUGUCACUCCUGGGAGCUGAUGCUGCAACUCACAUGUCUGAGGAGUUGAAGAAUGCAUCGAAAACGCUACCUAGGGCGAUGCUCGCAACCGCCUUGUUUAAUGGUUCUCUAGGUAUCAUCAUGGUGAUCACUUUCUGCUAUACAAUCGGUGAUGUUGAGAGCGUCCUUGCAACACCAACGGGAUACCCCUUCAUCCAAGUAUUUUAUAAUGCCACCAUGUCUAAGCCAGGCGCCACUGCUAUGACAGCAAUCAUGACUUCGCUGUCCAUCUUCUGUGGCAUGACGAACAUGGCUACUGCUUCAAGACAGCUCUUUGCAUUUGCCCGAGAUAAUGGCCUUCCUUUCGGCAAAUUCUUCCAAACGGUCCCAAUUGGGUGGGAUAUUCCACUCAAUGCCAUCAUUUUCACUGUCAUAGUGAGUUCGCUGCUCUCUCUUAUCAACGUCGGUAGUACGAUUGCGUUCAACCAAAUCACCUCCCUUGGUCUUUGUGCGCUGCUAUCCAGUUACAUUGUUUCCAUCUCAUGUAUGGCUCUCAAGAGGAUACGCGGCGAAAAAUUGCUUCCCUCGCAUUUCCGCAUGGGUUCUCUUGGCCUACCCAUUAACCUGCUCUCCAUUGCCUUCCUGGUGCUGGCAUAUGUUUUCUGCUUCUUCCCGCCAUCGCCAAAGCCGGCGCUAGAUGGGAUGAACUGGAGUGUCGUUAUUUACUUUGGAGUGUUGUUGUUUAGUCUGAUAUACUUUGCCUUCCAAGGGAGACAUAAGUAUGUUGGGCCCGUGGAGUAUGUGAGAAAGAGCACCUGA